CCAAUGCCACCCCGACUUCACCAUCUUCUUUCUUUGUCUCUAAACAUUACCAAAAUAUGGGGUUUGCUGUAGUAGUACUAGUAGUUAAAGCUGUUUUGCUUGUACAGCUUUCACUGUUGUUACUGAGCACCUUCACUGUCUCUGCUCCCAUUUGGCCUCAGGCUUCUCCUCCUCAUUACCAUGCUGUUUCACCUGUAGUCCCGCCUAGUCACCCACCAACCCACCACCAUCACCACCACCCUCACCCUCACCCUCACCCCCAUCCUCAUCCACCCACUAAGCCCCCAACCCCCACUCCUCCUCCAGUUCAUCCACCACCCAAGGCGCCAGUGCAACCACCAACCAAGCCCCCAACUUCUGCUCCACCCAAGCCACCAGUUCAACCUCCAACUAAGCCACCAACCAAACCUCCAACUCAACCCCCGCCUAAACCACCAACUCAGCCCCCGACUAAGCCACCAACCAAGCCUCCAACUCAGCCCCCGACCAAGCCACCAACACACCCACCAUCUCAUCCUCCGGCCAAGCCACCUACAUCGAGUCAUGUGGCAGUGCAGGGCGUUGUUUAUUGCAAGUCAUGCAAGUACGCCGGAGUCGACACCCUUUUGGGAGCUAAACCAAUUCCUCGUGCCACCGUAAGGCUAACAUGCAAAGACGCUAAAAACGAAUUAACGGUCCAGUUCAAGACUGACAAGAAUGGUUAUUUCUUCCUGCAAGCACCAAUUACCAUCUACAAUUUUGAUCUCCACAAUUGCAGCGUCUCCCUCGUAUCUUCACCAUUGAAAGCAUGCAGCAAGCCAUCUAAUCUAAACGGUGGAUUGAAGGGCGCCCCCUUGAAGCCUGAGAAACCAUCUACUUCAAAGAAGCUCCCAUAUGUUCUCUACAGCGUUGGGCCCUUCGCUUUCGAACCCACAUGUCACAAGAACUAGAGUAGAAAUCGAUAAUCCCACUGUUGAGCUCCUACUCUUUUUACCAAUUUUCUUUUAUGUGCUUAAACUACUACGUACAAGUCUCUUAGCUUAUUGUGAUGGCAUCUUGUUCGGUGUGUUAAGCUUUGGGUUGCAAUAAGUUAUUGUAAUGUAUGGAAAUAGAUUAGUGAUGAAUAAUCAAUAAUUAUCGGGUGUCUUAUUUCCAGCAA